AUGGAGGGGGAGGAGCGGCGGCUGGCGGCGUCGCUGACGGCGCGGUACUCGGAGUGGGUGCUGGAGGAGCUGGACGAGCUGCGGGGGAGCUUCCUGCUCACGGACCCGGCCAUGCCGGGCCACCCCAUCGUCUACGCCUCCCGGGGCCUGGCCGCGCUCACGGGCUACCCGCGCCGCGAGCUGCUCGGCCGCAACGCGCGCCUCUUCCAGGGCGCCGCCACCGACCGCGCCGCCGUCUCGGGCGUCCGCGAGGCCGUGCGCGCCCAGCGCGCCCACCAGGUCGCCAUCCUCAACUACCGCCGCGACGGCUCGCCCCACUGGGUGCUGCUCCACCUCGCGCCCGUCUUCCACGCCGCCGACGGCCGCGUGCUCCACUUCCUCGCCGUCCAGGUGCCCAUCGCCCCCGCGUCGCCGCCGCGCCGUCACCCGGGGCGGCCCGCGCCGCUCGCGGCCUGCCGGGAGGAGGCCAGGGGGGAGGAGGAGCUGCCUUGCGCCAGCCACGUAGGGGAGGUGUUUGUGGAUAUCGAUAAGAGAGGUAUGGAGACAAGAAGAAGGCUGGAGGCUGAGGAACUGCGUAUAGCUAGCGGCUGUGACAAAGAGAUGGCUCUAAGCACAGCAAACAACAUCUUCUCUACGCUGAACCGCUAUAGCAAACUAACUGGUUUGGUGGUUUGUGAGAGGAGAUGUGAUUCUGUUGGUAUCCCAGCACUCAGCUCUUCGUUAAAUCUCUCUCUCGGUAGAAUCAAACAGAGCUUUGUAUUAACUGACCGCCAUUUGCCUGACAUGCCGAUAGUCUAUGCUAGUGAUGCCUUUCUAUCAUUAACAGGGAAAGAUUUCUGCUGUUCUAAUCAUCUUACUUAUCCAGGUUACUCAAGAGAAGAAAUAUUGGGCUGUAACUGCAGAUUUUUAAACGGUCCAGGUACUAGUGCGGAGGUUUUAGAGGAGAUAAAUCAGCAUAUCUGUCGUGAGGAGGCUUGCACAGUGCAUUUGCUUAAUUACAGGAAAGACGGAAGUACAUUCCGCGAUCUGCUACAUGUGUCUCCCAUCCGAAAUUCAUCGGGCAAGGUUGCGUUUCAUGUGUGGGUUCACCUUGACGAGAGCGCGAAGCAUGAUUUUAGUGGGUUGACCCCUGAGGUAUGGCAGCUCGGUGCUGUUGGUGCUGUAAGAGUUGCAGUUAGAAGCCUGUCUGCGUCAGGUAGCCUGUUGAGACCGUCCCAAUAGCGUUUUCAGGUUUCUUUCUGAUUUUGUGUUACGUUGACUUGCCAACGUUUGUAUGUAAAGUAACUGCUUAGUGAAAGAGAUUAUAGUGCAUAUGACGGGAAAAUGGCUGGUAAAUACAUGAAGUUGUUGUGAA